GUGGCAACGGCUACGCCAACAUGGAGCUGCCGCAGAUGCCGGAGUUGAUGGGGCUGUCGCUGUUGCUCGGGCUGCUGGCCCUCAUGGCGACGGCGGCGGUAGCGCGGGGGUGGCUGCGCGCGGAGGAGAGGUGCGGCCGGCCCUCCCACCAAAAAGCAAAUGGAUUUCCACUUGACAAAUCCUCGGGAUCCAAGAAGCAGAAACAGCAUCAACGGAUUCACAAGGAGAAGCCUCAGCAACACAACUUCACCCACCGUCUCCUGGCUGCAGCACUGAAGAGCCACAGCGGGAACAUAUCAUGCAUGGACUUUAGCACCAAUGGCAAGUACCUGGCUACCUGUGCAGAUGAUCGCACUGUCCGCAUCUGGAGCACCAAAGACUUCCUGCAGCGGGAGCACCGCAGCAUGAGAGCCAAUGUGGAGCUGGACCACGCCACCUUGGUGCGCUUCAGCCCUGACUGCAGAGCCUUCAUCAUCUGGCUGGCCAAUGGGGAAACACUCCGUGUCUUUAAGAUGACCAAGCGAGAAGAUGGGGGCUAUACCUUCACAGCCACCCCAGAAGACUUUCCUAAAAAGCACAAGGCAUCUGUCAUCAACAUUGGCAUUGCCGACACAGGGAAGUUCAUCAUGACGGCCUCCAGUGACACGACUGUCCUUAUCUGGAAUCUGAAAGGUCAGGUUCUGUCUACCAUCAACACCAACCAGAUGAACAAUACAUAUGCUGCUAUAUCCCCUUGUAGCAGAUUUGUGGCCUCAUGUGGCUUUACCCCGGAUGUGAAAGUUUGGGAAGUCUGCUUUGGGAAGAAGGGGGACUUUCAGGAGGUUGUGCGAGCCUUUGAACUGAAGGGCCACUCUGCAGCUGUCCACUCCUUUGCUUUCUCCAAUGACUCUCGGAGGAUGGCCUCUGUCUCCAAGGAUGGUACGUGGAAACUUUGGGACACAGAUGUGGAAUACAAGAAGCAGCAGGACCCCUACUUGUUGAGGACAGGCCGCUUCGAGGAGGCAGGCACCAUGCUGUGCCGCCUGGCACUCUCCCCUGAUGCCCAGGUCUUGGCCUUAGCCAGUGGCAGCAGUAUUCACCUCUACAACACCCGGCGGGGUGAGAAGGAAGAGUGCUUUGAGCAGGUCCAUGGGGAGUGUAUCACUGACUUGUCCUUUGACAUCACUGGCCGGUUUCUGGCCUCCUGUGGGGACCGGGCAGUGCGGCUCUUCCACAACACCCCUGGCCACCGGGCAGUGGUGGAGGAAAUGCAGGGCCUCCUGAAGCGGGCCUCCAAUGAGAGUACCCGUCAGAGGCUGCAGCAGCAGCUGACCCAGGCCCAGGAGGCCCUGAAGAGCCUGGGUGCCCUGAAGAAAUGACUAUGGGAGGGUGGGGCAGGAGGAAUCUGGCCAUCUGUUCCUGCCACUGUUGCCCCUUUUCUUCCUGUAUACUCCCCAGCUGGAAACGUUUUGAAAGGAGUCUCCUGAUUUUCUUGUUGAUGCCCCCUUCUCUUUUUUCUAUCGAAACUAUUCUUGCCUAGUUAGAUUUCUCUCUCUCUUUCCUUUCUGGUUGUGACUCCUCCUGGACCGAUGAUCAAGGGGCUUCUUUUUCUCCUGGGCUCAAAGGGUGGAAUCUAUCUUCACCCAGCAUCAGGAGAGUGGUAGAGAGGAGAGAACGUGGUCUUUGGCCUUAUGGCAACACACCCUGACAUCCCAAAGAAGUUUGUAAAUGUGGACAAAACCUAGGGAAUACCUGAAUACUAAGCAGUAGUUUUGCAAGAGUUGGAGAUUGGGACAUCUUCCAAUUCCAGAACUGCUAUGGGAUCAGGAGAAGGCUAGUCUUAAAUCUAAGCAAGGCCCCUAAUCCCAUCAAAAAGUAAUUCAGGGAUUUUAUUCUGGGCCUCAGUUUUCUUGUUUAUAACAUGGAGAAUAAUCAUCUCUGUGUCCUCCUUGCAAAGAUGUUGUGAGGCUACGAGUAUAAAGUCCUUGGAUUUGAAAGAAAAGUGGAAAAGAGUAGUAAUAUUGUCCAAUGUCAUUAACUGCCUGGUAAAAGUCGGAAUCAAACAGUGUGGUUUUAUACCAAAUUAGAAAGAAACACACACAUUCCUUGGGAAAGCAAAGUUUUCUGGGAUUUGAUCAUACACUUUGUAUCUGGUUCUGCUUUGAGUUGUGUGGAGGAAUCAUAGAAUCCCAAAAUGGGGCUCCUCUCUUCCAGGAGAUUAUAGCCUUGUUUGAGGUGAUGUCUUUUCAGUUCAUCAGAUAUUUGAGUGACUACUCUAUUACCAGCACAGCACCAGACACUGGAGAUAAAUAUGAAUAAGACAUGGUUUCUGCCAUCAAAGAUGGAUGGUGGGAGGGAGAGGUAAGACACGUCUAUUAAGUGCCUUUUGUUAGUUUAUUCAUAGCGACGGUAGUCUAUUGUAAAAGUCAAGGCAACAGAGGAUUGAUUCAGGACAGAGGCAGUGCUGAGAAGUUUUUGCCUGGAUAGAUUUGGUAAGAUAUUAGGUAUUUAGAGUUCGAAUUUUUAGAUUUCAGGACUGAUUGGAUGCACGAGGUAAGGGAAAUGAGAAAUCUAGGAAGACUUGAGUCUAGGCAAAAUUUAUUCAUCCAAAAUCAAAAUCUUGAUCUCUCUCAAUAAAACUGGGACUUCUCUUGGUUGUCCCCAAGGCUAUAAAUGUUUGAACAAGCCACGACCUUGUAGUUAUCCUUGGUUAUGUAUUACCUCCUUCAUCCCCCCACCACUAGUACCAUUCACUUGUCAGAAAAUUCUUUUGGUUAUAUUUCACGUUAUGUCCUGAAUCUGCUGCUUCUCUCCAUCUUUUCUGUUACCAUCUGGGUUCUAACCACUGUGACCUACUAGGUUACUGUAAUAGAGCUUCCUGAUUGGUCUCCUUGCUUCCUUAUUGCAUCAUACUACACUUGAUCUUAGCCAAAAGGCCGAGAAGCGAUCCCCUUAUUGCAUCAUUAAAUCAUUUUUCUCCAUAGCAGAGUGAAAAUGUAAGCCAGAUAUCAUUUUUCCCUAGUUAAAACCUUUCAAAGACUUCCUUUCGUGCUUGGAAUAAAAUCCAAAAUUCUAACCAUGGCCUACAAGGUCCUAUCUGGUUUCUUCCUUCUUCUGUGAUCUUUCUGCCACUCUCCCAACCAUCCCAAGCUUGCUGUUGGUUGAACAAGCCAAGUUUUUUCCAGCCUCAACUAGGACUUGGGCCUGUGCUGUUCCCUCUUCUUGGAACCAUUGUUCUUUUCUGUUGGCAGAUUUAUCAUGUUUAUAGUUCAGUUCUUGAUUUUAGUUAUACUUCAGAGAGAUAACCCUUCCUGACCACCCAAUCUGAAGUAGCCCUUUCCACCAAUCAUAUUACAUCCAUUACAUUAGCUUAUUUUAUUUAUUUUGGAUGACUUAAUGCUAUCUGAAAUUAUCUUGUUUGGAUAUUUGUUUGUUUCAGGGGUUUCAGCUUAAAUGCUGUGGAUGUUAAGUGGGUAACAUAAAUGCAUGAAUGUGGGGGGGACUGAUGGGACUGAUGUGAGCUAUAGAGCUGUGUCCUGGGUGUGGGGUGAGGUAUGGCUGCCACUUAGUAUUAUUCAGAAAUCCAGCAGAAGUUGCCUGUUUCAGAGAAACUAGAAGUUGGCAACUUAUUACUUUUUUUAAUUAAGCACUGUAUGGACCAAACACAAAACACUCCUGUGGGCCAUGUGCAAUCCACCACGUCUCUGAUUGGCAGUUUCUGGAUUGUUGAUUAAUCCACUGGAAUGUGAGCUGCACUAGGGCAAAAUCCUUGUCUUAUUUGCUUUGUGUUUUGUAGCACAGCACCUGGGACAGUAAGCACUCAAUAAAUGUUGAACUCAAACCAGUAGCCAUUGACAAAAAUUUUGGUGUCAUCUCUAUAUCUUCCCACACCCAAUCUCCACUAUGGUUUUAUGUUCCUAAUAACACACUUCUGACCGAUAAUGCUGUGCACAUGGGGCCUGGUAAAUAUAUACUUUCCAGUUGUCAGAAGAAUGAGACUAAAACACUUUCUCUUUGCAUAUCUGUUUUGAGAAGCAGCUCUCGUGUUACCCCCAUUGUAUAUGCAGGAGAGGAAGUGACCAUAGAAUGUUGAGUUACUGAAGUCAGAAGUCUUUAGUUCCAGUUUCAGCCGGUCACUUAUUGACAAGACAUGGAACAGGUAGAUCACUUGACCUCUCUGAGUUUGUUUCCUUGUCUGUAAAAUGGGAAUAAAUACCGUCCUGCCUA